AUGCGUCACAUCACCAGCAUGUUCUCGCUCAGCAACCAAAUAAUUCCCCAACUCCUGACAGUGGGAAAGCUGUGUGCAGGUCACAGCAGCAGCCCCCCCUCCAGCAGCGCCAGCCUUGCCCAGAAGAAUCCUCCCCCUCUUGCUGAGGGGAACAGCGUGGUCCGGCCAAACUGCAUCAGCCCACAUCCCUGCACCCAGACCACACAUCCAGAUAGGUCAGGGAUGAAGAGAAGAGUUGAUGAUGAAGAAGGGGAACUAAACAAAAAAUCUCAUCUGUCCAAAAGGUUCAAGUCUGCAUUGGAUCACCGUCAGCACAAACAUGCUGCUCCAACCAACUCCAGCAGGAGCAGCCAGGAUUGUGACAAUUACACCCGGGCCAGCACUGCUUUGAGGAACCACCUGAACACGACCCUCCACUCCGCCACCGAUGCACAUCCCACCAGAAGAAACCAGACCCAAAGUUCGGUCAGGUCAAGCAUUAAGAGGAGGAUGGCUGAUGGUGAAGAUACAGACCAUCAAAAAUCUAAGACUCAGUACUAUGAAAGGUCAGACAGGAAGAAGUUCCAGGAUGCUCUUCCCAUCCAUCCACCUCAAGCUACAGCAGCCAGACCCAGAUUUUGUGUCUCACCAAGGGUUAAGAGGAAGAUGGCUCUUUCCCUGACUCUCUCUCUGACCACUACAAGAGGUCAGAUCAUGAGAAAAAGAGGGCCAGAAAAAUGGCAUGCAGGCAGAUCCACUUCCAGCAGCCGCCAUGUUCCGUCUGAUCGGAGGAGCAGGCCGGCCAAACAUCACCACCACAGUGCACAUCCGUCAUGCAGAACCCAAACUGAGAGUCGGGCUCAGUCAGAAUUGAAAAGAAAAGCGUCUGAUGAAAAUGUGCGGCCUAGAAAAAUAGCUUCUUAUCCUCUGAGCCCUGGUGAGAUAAUGACCAAAAGAGAUGCACAGCGGGCAGCGGCAGAAGAUGUAAGACAGGGUACUCUAGGAGGAUGUUACAUUCUCUACCCUGCUGGUUAUGAUGUUUAUGAUAUGUAAUAAUGAUAUGUAUAAUUUAUGAUAUGUAAAUUAUAUGACAUGUAUAUUAUUCUUCAUGUUGUCUUGCAAGGAUGAUGUGUUUUUGUAGGCACAGGAAACUUGACCAUCACAAGAAACUUUAGAAUGGGUUCAUUGAUGUCACACAAUGCCCCGACCCAGAAGGCUUUGCUCUUUGUAACAUUUCUGACAUGGCGAGGGUCUGUUCAUUUAGUCCAGUAAUAACCACUCGACAGGGAGGCAUCACUACAAACCACUAUGCCCCACUUCACUGCCAGAUUGAAAAAUAGCUUUGCAAAGAAGACAGUUUCCAAAGCCAUGUUGCCAUAGUGACAGAGGCACUCUGCCCCCCUCAUUUUAAUUUUGGUGAUCUCAAGUGGCUGAUUUUUAUGGCAUUUGUGGACCAUUUUUUUCUUUAGGAGGAUAAGCCACCUGUGUUUAAGUAUCCUUUAGGAAGAAUAGUGUCGGUUGCUUCAGUGAUAAAACAAAUCUGAUUAUCCAUGACCUUCUUUGCCUCAUGGGAGAUGGUAAACAACAGUCAGGUGUCUAGUAUUCAUCAGCCACUCUGCUUAGUGUAUCACAUAACACUGACACGCUGAAUUCAGUGGUUCCCCCAGAUAAAGCCUGACGGGGAGGAUGGAGAAUCCUCGUUUCUGCUGUGAUAACAUUAGAAUCAUUCGAUGCUGGAGAAUUUAAAGUUGUAGAAAUUUUCAAAAAGACAGCUGUUUUUUAAUCUUUGGUGUUUUAUUGUAGAUUAUAAGUGGAAUAAGAAGAGUCCUGCAAAGUUAAGAGGUUAACUGUGUGUACAUAUGUGUGAAUACUUAACUGGAUAAACAUUGUAAAUAUAUUUUUAGUAAAUUAACUCACAUAUACACUA